GCUAGAAACAGAAAAUCAGUGAUACCUGGACCCUGAAUACCAGAAAAUAUCCUCAAAAUGAGAACAGAAAAUAAUACCUGGACCCUGUGGAUAAGUCAGCUCCCACAGUGAUGGUUUUAGGGGAGCUGUUUACAUUUACAGGAAGCUUCUGCUUGAACAUGAGGCUUUCAUAGAUUUGAUUGAGUGAGUAUCUUAAUUCUCUAACAUGUCUAAAAAAGAAAAAAUGCCCUCUGAUAAGAUCCCACCGCCCAUCUUUUGAGCUUCCUGUUGCUGCUUCUUAAAAUCAGCAAGAUUUUAAAGCUCAUCAGUCUCUUCAACCAUGGAGGAAACAUCCAUCAGUGUCGAACAUGAGGGGUUUGUCCACUCAAGGCCUACGAGGAAUCAGACGGGUCUCAGGUCAAACACAAAGUGUUCUGGUCCCGUCGUCCUCAAUCUGGUUCUGCUGAGUGUUCUGCUGCUCGCUGGACACAUCCGCCAAGGUUUUCUCUACCACGAUGCUGCUGCAGAACUCUUCACCAUCAAAGCCAACGUCACUGAUCUGACUGAGGAGAGAAACCAGCUGAAGACCAACGUCACUGAUCUGACUGAGCAGAGAAACCAGCUGAAGAUCAACAUCACUGAAAUGCAGAAGCUGCUUAAGCAGAAGAAAGCGUGUCCUGCUGGAUGGAGGAUGUUCGGCUGUUCCUGUUACCUCCUCUCCAGUCGGUCUGGACCUUGGACAGUCGGCAGAAACGACUGCAUAAGGAGAGGCGCACAUCUGGUGGUGAUAAAGAGCAGGGAAGAGCAGACGUUCGUCUCUGGAAUCACCAAGAAGGCAGCUUGGAUUGGUUUGAGUGACAGGGGCCAUGAGGGGUCCUGGACCUGGAUCGAUGGAACUCCACUGACCUCCAACUCAGCUCAGUUCUGGUGGAAGGAUGAACCUAAUAAUAGUGGUCCGACUGGUGAUGAGGACUGUGUAGAGAUCACUGGUUACCGUGCUCGUUGGAACGACAUGCGCUGUGAUGCAUCUCAGCGGUGGAUCUGUGAGAAAGAAGCAUGAAGCUGUGGAGUGGAUUUAACACAAGUUAUAAUCGCUCUGGUCCUUCCAGUUCAUUCACAAACACAUCAUUUCCUCUGUUAAUGAAUGUGAUCAAAAUAAAAGCUUAAAAACCAU